GGAGCCCGCAGUACCCACUAGAUAAGAGGCUUGGUGCGCCCAGGGUCUAUUUAUACGCUGUGAGGUGCGCACUCUGUUCGUCAGUGGCCUGCCGAUGGAUGCAAAGCCAAGAGAGCUGUAUCUCCUGUUCAGGGCUUAUGAGGGUUACGAGGGGUCAUUAUUGAAAGUAACAAGCAAAAACGGAAAAACUGCAUCGCCAGUUGGUUUCGUAACGUUCAACACUCGGGCAGGAGCAGAAGCAGCCAAGCAGGACCUACAGCAGGGCGUCAGGUUCGACCCCGACAUGCCCCAAACCAUCCGCCUGGAGUUUGCCAAAAGUAACACCAAGGUCAGCAAGCCAAAACAGCAGGCAGCAGCAGCCACCACGCACCCGUCUCUUAUGCACCCACUUACUGGACAUCUGGGAACGCCUUUCUUUCCGGGAGCUCCUGAGCUGUGGCACCACCCUCUGGCCUAUUCAGCGGCGGCGGCAGCGGCGGCUGAGUUGCCGGGGGCGGCGCUCCAACAUGCCACCCUGGUUCAUCCCGCGCUGCACCCCCAGGUCCCCCACCCGCUAUCCAUCCCGCACCCGACGGCGGCCCUCACUUCGAUCCACGCGUCGUUGCCACAUUUCUUGCCAUCGCCGGCGCUGGCUUCACCCGUGGGCUCAUCCUCAUCACAGCCGGGGGUCGGGGUGAACAACGCCCCCUGCUCCACGCUGUUCGUCGCCAACCUGGGCCAGUUCGUGUCCGAGCAUGAGCUCAAGGAGAUCUUCAGCAGUUUCCCUGGCUUCUGCCGUCUCCGCAUGCACACCAAGGGCGGGUCCCCGGUCGCCUUCGUCGAGUACCAAGAUGUACGUUUUGCUGCGCAGGCCAUGACCACCCUUCAGGGCUCCUUCCUGCUCUCCUCCGACCGUGGUGCCAUUCGUAUCGAGUACGCCAAAAGCAAAAUGGCCGAGGGACCCAAGGGAGAAGAAAACGGACAAUCUUAAUUAUCCUUACGUACAACUUAGCACCUGACCUAGGCACCUGCUUGUAGUUGGGAUUGCCUUGCUGAGACCUUGUACAGCAGAGGAAAACUCCAUCAACAAUAUGAAAGGCAUAAUACUGCCACCACUGCAGUAGAUUAAUCCAGUGAAAUUAUAUCUUAUUUCAUUCUUUCUUUGUUAUUUGCUUUCACACUGCAGACUGGUCUGUCAGUGUGGUAAUUAUGAUAUAGUGUAUUUAAUUAAUAAUAACAGAUAACUAAUGAUGAUGAUUAUUAUUAUUAUUAUUAAUAGCAAGGAAGGUCAACAUGUUACAGAAUAAACAUUUUCGUAUAGUCAGAACCAGUGAUUGUAUGCCAUCAUGCUGCGGUUUUCAGUUAGGGUAAUAUAUUGCUUUGGAAAGAGAUCAUAGAAGAGGUGCACCAGAAUUACAAUUUCAGGUGAACUAAGAGAUAGACAAGCUGAAACGAAUGUUAAAUACAGCUCCUUUAAGAAAAGAGCAUUUAGAAUUCUUCACAAAAUACUGGGGACAUGAAACAAUGACAUCUUGGAAUGACAAUGCUGAAAGCCAUGCUUCUGUGUGGCAGCAUACACUAAUAAUAAAGAAAAUAUUGCAGAGGCUUGAAACCAAAGGUGCCCUAUAUGCUAUGUUUUAGAUUACUAGAUGUAAAUGUAUUGUACUAAUUUUACAUAAUGGUGAUGAUGAUGCCUGUUUAGUCCAAGUAGUCAUGACUCUUGGAAAUGAAAACCAAAGUAAUAUUGUACAGUAGUUUACUGUAUGUUCCAGUGUGCAGUUAGAGGUUCUUGUUGUAGGGGUACAACCAUUAGUUAGAUUUAUUAUCAUCAUUAUGAGAGGUGACUCUGUGUCGAUUUAUUUGAAUAGAAGAGUGUACUUUUGGUUUGGCUCUCCUAAUAUAUUUAUUAUUAAUAGCAAUAAAUUCUUAUACUAUAUCGAAACUGAUAGGAGGAGAAGAGACUUUGUUAUUUAUAAAUGUAUAGUGAAAACCAAGCUCAGAAUACGGGUCCUGCCCAUGCUGUGUCAUCCCUCAUGGGCGGCAAUAUGGACGCAGGAGGGCAGACGCAGGAUGCCAAAACGAUCUAUCCAGGCAUAUCAUAUGAACCAUAUCAAAACCAGUGCUUUCUCUCACCUCCUCCUAUCAGCAUAUAUUUGUAGCUGGAAUCAAUAUCUUGUGAAAAUUAGUUUUAGGCAGUUUGCCAAAUUUUCUGGGGUAAAAUGUGAUGCAUACUUUAUAUGGUAGUAUAAUAAUUUGUAUAUAUCAUAUCAUUACUUUCAAUGAGUGUAAUAAUAUUGUAAUUCCUGUGACUAAAGUGACCACCUGUCUCUAGAUUUUAGCUCAUUUGUGUCAGCAAUUUAGCCUACUGGAUAUUUCCAACAAAUGGAGAACAUAAAUCAUGGUACAGUUUAUUAGAUUUUUUUAUCUGAGGUUUGAACGAAACUUCUUAGGUGGUCAGAUGUUAACAGCUGAGUUGCACCCAAUAUUAGCGUUGUAUGACCUAUAUACAAUGUGUAUGAACCAAAGCAGAGACUGAAAGCUUCAGGUGCAAAGGACAAUCUAUAGGAACACUGGAGUUCAGGCAAGAAGAAAGCGCUGUAGUAUGAAAGUUGCGUGCACGCAUACAAAGGAGGACUGAAAAGGGUAAGUGCUGAAAUUCACUGCAGAUGGAAAUGUAAUUUCUGUUUGUUAAUAACUUGUAGAGUCUUAUAAGAAAAGAAAAAAAGAUUUAUAGAAUCUUAUUAGUAGUUGCUUUAAGUGUAAGGUUGAUGUGAUAUAAAUUUAUUGGGCCACUGGAGUGGAGGUACAGACUAGGAAAGUACUGGGGAAUAUAUGAACAAAUAUUGUGUAGUGUUUGCUUUCCGUAUUUCAGUAACUUUAGUGAAGUUAUCUAAUAGAAAUUAACAUAGAAAUUGAAAAGUUAUAGUGCAAAGAGUCGAAAGGUGUUUACCAGUACAUGUCCCACUCUGGAUUCUCCUCUUACAGGUCCAUUUUGUAUGCAGAUUUAUCAGGUCUGUUUGCAUUGUGUAGACGCAGUCACAUUUUUCAUGUGAUUCUAAUAAAAUUGAAAAUUAAUUUGUCUGAUGAACACAUCAGGCAGGUGUUCACAGUGUGCAGCAAGUUUCAGCUGCUUGUUAAAUUAAAUAUUCACAGUUCCACAACUUAAAAUACAAAAUAAAUGAAUAGAUACGAAGCAAGUAUGCCAGUGUUAACUGUUAUUGUAGUAAACAAAUCAUUGCUUCAAAAGCAUAUAUUUUAAAUGUUUUAACCGUCUAAUUUUCCCUCCAGAAAAUGAAUUAUUAAGAAGGAUGGUAUUUAUGUGGUUCCUGCACAAUGCAACAGAUCCAUUCUGGAAAAUUUCCGUCCAUUGUUUGUCUCUAGUAAAGACAAAACGCAGCUCAAUGCUACAGGGGAGGGCGGGGGCAAAUCAGCAGAAAUAAACAUAUCAGCUUAUAAAAAUUACCUGUUAUGCAAUCCGAACCUUUUGAAUGUCAUUGUUUGUUCUUGUGCAUUUGUUUGUUUGAAUACUGCAACAGAACUAUACACUUGUAAGAUAACUGCUCGUUACACUUCACGUGCAGAAGAAUGCUGUUUGAAUGGGGCUCAAAGGGUGGACAACAGGACCCUUUUGUUCAUUGUCUCUGCAGGAUUUUAUUUGAUAACUGGAAACUGUGUUUAUGAUAAAUAUACUGUAUAUUAGGUAAUGGUAAUAUUUUAGUAAUGUUUUCUUGGGGAUAAUUUUAAAUAGACUGCAGAACAGUAUUAUGACUUACAAAUAAGUGUUUUAGUUAUUUCCAAAUGUGUUAGAACAAGAAGGUAUAUAUUGUCUCUUUGGUCAUGGUACUUAACUCAUUGCAUUGCAUGUGGUUGAAAGUGUUACUUGUGUGUUCAUGGCAAUUUAAUAAUUUAAGAAUGAAGGGUAUAAACUAAUCAGGGCUAUAACUGAAGGAUGAUUAAAGUACUGCCUUAUUCUGCUCGAGCUUUGCAUAUUGUGUAUGUGUGUUUGUGUGUAUGUUCUAUGUAGCUACAAUACUUUGCUUCCUGGCUGACUCUGAAUGACUGAAUUUUCAUGUGACAGAUGAUCAAGGAUUUAUAAUACCUAGUUUCUAUAAGAGAGAAGACACGGUGUACCUUUCUUUAUUGUCAUAAGACAUCCUGGAAUUUUUAUAUUUUUCUUUCUAACCAUUCUUUAGAUAAAUUAUGCACGAUAUGAAGAAUUUUUCUCACAUCUAGUUAUACCCAUCUGUACUGAUAGUUUAGAUUUAGUGUUUGUUUUACAUAAUUUGUGGAGUACUGUGUUUUAUAAACUGAUUUGAGUGCCUGCUAAAGAAUUGUUGACAGAUUGGUUGAUUGGUUAGAUUCUGUAAGUCUUUGAGCCCCAAAACUGUAGAAUGUUGUUAAGUCCUUAAUGUGUUUCCAAAUAUAUAUGAAAUGGUAGUAAAAGCAGGUAUAAUGUGAUAAUAUCAAUGGGAAAACUAUUUAAAAAAAGAAGAAAAACUAGCCACUCUCGCCUUCUCUAAUUAACCUGCUUUAAAUCAUAGGUUAAAAAACACCACUUUCUAAACAUAUCAUGAUCUGUGCCCCUUAUCAAGUGACAUUCUUAAAUUUUAGCAAGUAAUUGUUAACUAAAGCAAAGUUUGAUAUAUAUAAGAAACAAGAAUUUACAAAGAAACAAAUCCUUUUUGUGAGAAGAUAAGGAUUUUGAUGAAUUUCCUAUAAUGAUUAAUGUAAUUAUUACUAUGUAUUACUACUUAUAUAUUAUAUUUAUGGGUUUUUAAGUUUGUUACUGAAGGUUUGGCAUAUCUCUGUAUAACAGUGCAUGUAUGUACAUGUGUGUGUGUGUGUGUGUGUGAGAAAACAAUCAUUGCAAUAUUUUAUUUCAAACAGAAAGAAAAGAUAUGACAUUUUAUCUCUUUCUCCAAUAAAGAGAGGAACAGAAGCUUACUUGUCCUCUAACAUGGUUUUUAAGAGCUGCUUAAUAAGUAGUUUUGGUGUCACACAAGAAAUGUAAUUAAAAUGUUUGAAGAACCAUGUGGGAAUUUUAAAUCUCAUCAUUUCAAUGCAUUAGAACAUGAAAGGUAAUGUUUGGGGGCAUCACCUUGCUUUGAACAGCUGGAUGACUGAGUUCAUUCUUUGUACUGUGAAAAAUGUAAUUACCCAACAUUCCAGUGACAAUUACCAUCAAAUGGUCAAAAGUUUUUGCUAACAAACAUAUGUCCUCUUUGACAGAGAGUGUGUACCUGUGUCCAUAAGGCCUUCAUUUCACCAUUGGAAAUGUUUAUUGCCUUGAACUUAUUCUGAACAACUUUCUUAUACCAAAUUAUGUUGAUCAGUAAUGUAGAAACUGCGCCAUGGAGGUUGUCUCAUUUUAAUUUAUUUCAUUUUCAUAGUACAAGAAUUGUAUCCAGCACAUGUUCCAAUAAUGGAUGACAUCUGCAGACUUGAGAUCAAGGCUUGAGAAAUCAAUUUGUCAUACAUAUACUUGUAGAUAAACAUGGGAAAUCACAGACUGAAACAACAUAUGCCUAAGCAGUCUUUUGAGUAUGUCAACAUAGUUUCAGAUCAAAUUACUAUUUUUAUGUUUAAGGUUUUGUUUUCAGGAUAAAGCAAGAAAUAGAAUCUCUGUAAUUUGUUUCUUUGUAGUUUUAAAACAAGCAUUCCAAACAGUGCUGCUGAACAAAGACUGAGAUGUAAGUAGGAACUGUAGAUAGAGGUAUGUAACACACUAACUAUAAAGUGAAGUAAG